GGUGGAAGGUGUUUUAGUCUGUGGUGGUUCCUCGUGGCGUUCAGAUCAUCCAUCCCUCCUGCCUGUGCCUGCCCCGCUGCCUGGUCCGCCGGCUGUGAGGUCAAUUCAUCAGCCGCACGUCGUGUUAAGCAAGAUUCCUGCAGUUAUGUGUGGAUUUUGUAACCCACUAGCUGCCUUGGGGAGUGCCUGCCUGCCUCUCCUGGUGCUGCUGGUGACCUGCACGCCAUCCCAACAAGCGACGAUUGGUGACGGGCGUGUGAGUCUUUACACCGGGCGGCCAAUCAACGGGUCCCUCUCCUCCCCCUCCCCUGGUUCCUGCGAGGUGGACGGGCUGCACUAUCCCAGCGAGACGGCCAUUCCUAGAGACCAUCCAUGCCACUACUGCAUCUGCUACAGGUCCCAGAUCACGUGUUACUGGAAACAAUGCGCCGCCCCGCCAAAGAACUGUGACGUGAUGCUCUUCGAGGACGUGUGUAACCCUUCUCUCUACAUGUGCAGGAUCCCAGAGAAGGCGCGGCCGCAGCCAAUCAGGAGGUUUGGAGAUCGUAUAUUCUCCCUACGUCGCCGCCGCCGUCUGCGCCGCUCCCCUCUCCCGUCUCAUCGCCGCUCGUCCCUUUCCCUCCCUUCAAUGAGCCAUUUCCUGUCAAGUUCACACUGGUCUGAUGUGUCGCGUAACACGUCAGCUGACGUGUUACGCGACAUAACAUGCAUCAACACGCAUCAGAUCAAAUUCAAAACUCCCAGAUAUUCGUCAGAAGGAAAUCUGCGUCAGAUAGGUGUGGACGAUGACUUCCUAACACGAGUGUACCGCGAUGCCCCGAUGGAGGAGGCAAGGCACAGAAGCAGGCGGGAGAUAGGCAGCCCUCACUACCACAAGGCGCCCAACCAGAUCCCCCUCGACAAGUCCUGCACUAUUCUGGGAGUCAAGUACAACCUCGGGGAAGUGAUAGGUGUGGCUUCGGACGUGUGUAUGGAGUGCAGGUGUGCCGCAGGGAGAAUGUUCUGUAGCCCACGGUGUUGCUUCCUGCCCUCGCCCCUCACCCUGUCGCUGGCACACCUGGAAGACCUCAUCUCAGCCGCCCCGCCGCCCCCUCGCCCUCACCCGCUGCACUACAUCAGGAACCAGAUUUCCACUCGAUAGGACGGAGAAGAGAGGGUGGUAGAAUGGAAAGGAUGGUGAAGGAAACAAUAGGAAGGGGAAAAAAAUAUGGAUGGUUGGAAGGACGAAAGAAAAAUAAAACAAAGGAAAGGGAAGAUGGAUGAAUGGAUGGAUGGAUGGAUGGAUGGAGACAAGGAAGGGAGGAAGGAAGGAAGGAAGAAAGCAGGAAGAAAUGAAGGAAGGAAAAGACAGGAAGAAAUAAUGAAAGGAGGAAAAAGAACAAAGGAAUGAAAGGAGAAAGAAAAACAGGAACAAAGAAUAGAGGAAAAAAGGAGGAUGGUAAGAAGAAAGAUGGAAGAAUAUAAAAUAAACGAAGGAAGAGAAAGAAAAAUUAGAAAAAAAUAUCGAAGGAAGGAAGGAAAAAGGAUAUAUUAGAAGAAUCACGGCUCAGUCAAUAAUCAGAUAAAAGAAACAGACAAACAAAGAAGGAAGGAAGAGGGAAAGAAAGAAGAAAGGAAGGAAAGAGGAGAAAGGAAAGAAGAACUAGAGGUGUAAAAGGAAAUGAAAGGAAAGAAAAGAAAAGAGGAAGGGAAGUUUUAAAAAGUAAUGAAUAAAUAAUGAUAAUAAUAAUUCUAAUCACUACAAAAUAAAAGCAAAGUGAAGAAAAGGAGAGAAGAAAAGAAAGAAUAAUUGAUAAGAAGGAGAAAAGAAGUUAUUAAAGAUGUAUGUCUGUAAAUAAUAAUAAUAAUAAUAAUAAUAAUAAUAAUAAUAAUAAUAAUAAUAAUAAUAAUAAUAAUAAUAAUAAUAAUAAUAAUGUUUUCAAGUUACAAAAAAAAAUGACAUAUUAUAAGCUUAUAAUUCCUUGCUGUUACUGUGUGUGUGUGUGUGUGUGUGUGUGUGUGUGUGUGUGUGUGUGUGUGUGUGUGUGUGUGUGUGUGUGUGUGUGUGUGUGUGUGUGUGUGUGUGUGUGUGUGUGUGUGUGUGUGUGUGUGUUAUUGUUUUUUUUAAUUCGCCUUUCACUUUCAUCGCCAAAUAUUCAUAAUUCUUAGGCAUUUUGUUAUUCAGUUGUCAACAUUUGUAUACCAUUAUUUCAUACGACAACAAUACACCAAAGAUAUGAUUAA